CUGUCAUUGAGUUUUCGACAAAUUAUUCCGCAUCCACAGCUGGGAAAGUAACACUAGGAGUCUUUGUAGGUGGAUUUGUGCUUAUGAUGGUCUUUAUGGUUUCUAUGCAAUUUUUAUUCUUGUGGUAUUACAAUUCUUCUUUAUCCUGGAGCACAUUCAAGAAAAUACUAUUGGCUAUAUCUGGAUUUCUGAUAAUAAUGGUUUUAGUCGCAAUUGGUGUUGGUGUGUUUCUUGCCUCAUAUUUCUCUGGAGGAGCAGAUAUUGGAGCAUUUUUAACUGUCUUUAUAGCUCCGGUGAUCAUGUUUUUAAUCACAUUUGCUGUGAUUGCUGUUGCUGCAUGGAGAUCUGAUUCUUAUUAUUAUUCUUCAUUUUGGGAAAGUCUAAACAUGAUGUUUAAUAUGCAGAUCAUUACUCUCUAUAUCCAGUUUAUCGCCUGGAUCCAAGGCAGAUUUUUACUGGGAUAUUUCAUCUCGAUUACAGUCGCAUCUUUGGGAAUAUGUGCGUGCUUUGUUGCCAAAAUAUUUCUGAAGUCAUUCAGACAUUUCUAUCUGGCUCAGAAAAUCCUUUUGGGGAUUUUAUUCUCACUGCACCUAAUAUUAAGUCUCCUGUAUCUAAGUCUGGUUUUAGACAAUGACAAAGGUCUGACCACAGAACGACCUGUAAAGAUCUGCGAGUUUGUGUUCAUCUACAUACUGAUUGUCACAAACAAUGAUGACUGGUAUCGGGAUAUGCACCUUGCCAAUACCCGUAAAUGUGUAUAUUUCUCAGGGGCUCUUGGUCUCCCUCUCCUGAAUUCUGCUGCCCUGGCUGUAGCAUUAAAGUUCAAAGCAGACACUGGAAAACACUCAUUGGAUCUACGACUGAUUGUCCUGAUUUCUGCGUCUGUCUUCCUCUUUAGCUGGUUUGUCAUACAGAUGUCUUCAUACUGGUUGGACAAAGAAAAAGCGUGA